GAAGUAUGAAAUCAUUGCAUUCCCAUGGUUUUGCAGGUUGUCUCGCAAGGAGCCAUUAGUGCACCAAUGUACUCAGUCAAGGGCCCAUCAAUGAUUCAGUCCCUCUAUCCUACUGCAUUUCCCUUGAAGCAUCAACAAAAGGACCUAAGGCUUGCUCUGGGAUUAGCAGAAUCUGUUUCCCAAUCCACGCCAAUCGCAGCGGCUGCAAAUGAACUAUACAAGGUAGCAAAAUCACAUGGGCUCAGCGACGAGGACUUUUCAGCUGUCAUUGAAGCGUUGAAACCAAAGUUGCAGCAAUAGGCAAAGUAGUUGAUAGUCAAUUUUUUCAUGAAAGUAACUAUCAAAGUGAAAUCAUAUCUUACACAUUUCUCAAUUGUUUUGUGCUUCGUUCUUUUAUUUUCAAUGAUUAAGGGCAUGUAGGGAAGAGUCCAAUGAAAAUGAUCAAUUCUGUGGCGCCUCAGCCCUGUAUAGAAAGUUGGAUAUUCUCUU